GGGCGGGCGGGCGGGCGGCGGUGGGGCCUCGGGAGGCCUCGGCCACCCGGUCAUCGUCUCGGGUCCCGGCGCGUGGCCUGCGGAGGGGGCAGCAGCAUGUCCGCGGAGGGCUCGGAGGCGGCGUCCGCCGAGGAGCAGAAGGAAAUGGAAGAUAAAGUGACUAGUCCAGAGAAAGCUGAAGAAGCAAAAUUAAAAGCAAGAUACCCUCAUCUAGGACAAAAACCUGGAGGUUCAGAUUUCUUAAGGAAACGACUACAAAAAGGGCAAAAAUAUUUUGAUUCUGGGGAUUAUAACAUGGCUAAGGCAAAAAUGAAGAACAAGCAACUUCCUGCUGCUGCAACCCCGGAUAAGGCAGAGGUCACCGGUGACCACAUCCCCACUCCACAGGACCUCCCUCAGCGGAAACCAUCUCUUGUUGCUAGCAAGCUGGCUGGCUGAUUAAAAGAGCUGAACUGCAUGAACCUCAUUCCUAUUGUUUCUUUUUUGAUGUUCCUUCUCUUUUUCCUUUUAUUCACUAAGUCAUUUGCGAGUGACAGUUUCAUAGGUAGUGGUAGUAUGUGUGCUGCUGUAUAAGGGAAUAUACACGUGUCACGUUUUGAUUAGUUUAACAGUGCACUGAUGGAAAAGGGUAUGUUAGCAACGUGAAGUAAGCUACUGGAAAGUAAUUGUAUAUAUUCCCUGACUCCUAGUCUAGGACUGGUUCCAACAAGUAACAAGCAAGUUUUACAGUUCUAAUGUUUUGGCUUUCUUCUUUAUCUUCAUAAUAACUUUAUAUGUUAUUCCUACCUAAUAUAACCUGUACGACAUUGA